UUUCACAAUUCAUAUCACGCAGGUGCUCUUGGGCAGUUGCGUCACACUUGUGGCAUUGCUCAACAAGCUCAAAGCACAUCUCCUGUGAAGCCAUAUCACAACAUCCGUCAAGUUAACUCACAGCAUGGCGACUACCCUCUCCCGUGCGAGUUUCCUCUCCCAGGUGAAUGAUUCCACCAGGAGCCCAUUGAGGUUGGAAAACCCCUUGUGCACUAUUUGCUACGAGCAGAUGUACGUCCCAACCUCACAACUUUCAAGACGCAGAUCAAGAUCACCAGCGCGCACACGUGAGAAAUCCUCACACUACACAAUUCGGGCGCGUAGCCCGAUCUCACCUCCACCUCAGCGUCGUGCACUCACAAUCCACGACUCACACAUUUUGUGUGAAAGCUGCAUACAAGUCUGGUUCACCAGCAACAACACCUGCCCGUUUUGCAGGCGAGAAAUGUUCACCAACGCGAACCAAGACGACGACGUGAACUCUCUCAACCAAGACUCCGCCGAGGAUGAAGAGGACCUCCCCGCUCUCCCAAGAGCACAAUACAUAACCCGUGACACCGACCUUCUCGAGCGAUUUAUCUCACGCGAAGGCUGGGUGAAAAUAUACCACGACGGUCUCAACAAGCACGGCGAUCGCCGCGACAUCAUCUUCGCCACGCGGGAAAUCGCCGACAUCUUCUCCCGCCGUGCGGAGAUCUUUCGACCGCAAGUCGACUUGCGCUGCUGGGGCUACGGCGUGGUGGCAUACUCGCGCGUGGUGAUCCCCAGCCACGACGAACUCACACUCCGCCGCGUGAACGUCGAGAACGCUCGCAUGGUUCUCUGGCGCUGGUGGUGGCACCGCUUCAUCUCGACCUGCGGACGGCGCAGCACGACUUUCGUCCACCACCCUUUCGCGAUGGAACUUGUCCACGCCGUGUUCAAGGCCAUCAUGCGGUGGAAUGGCUUCUCACAGCAGCUGAAGACCACACGGAUGUGUGUCAAGCUCACCCUGAAACCUCUCCUGGAGAAGUACGAUGACUCUGGUGAGGUGAACUCUCAGGCUUACUUUGAGGACCUUGUGGAGGCGGCUGCGCAGGCUGUGGUGCUGGGACGCAUCGAUGUGAGUGAGGGGAGUGAUCUUGCAGUGGCGCCUGUUGAGGCUUACAAGCAUGAGGACCACGGGCACAUCAUGGGGAUGUGAGUUGCGAUAUCAACGGUGGAUAAUGUCACGAUGAAAUGAAUGCCGACUUAGCUCGCUUACGAGUGAGCUGUAACAAUAAUGUACAAUCAUGAUA